CUCCCUCAGAUCUUCACGACCAGAGUGUAUAUGCGUACGGAGGCUGUGGAGCACACACCGGAGCGCGCACGGACCAAAGGAAUGCCAUUAUUUGACACCAUAUUUCCCAGUAGUUCUGUUGCGUAGUUUCUUUCUUUUUAUUUUACGACAAGUAUACAAGACUUCUCUUAUUUUUCUUACAAGUCGUCGUUUGCGCGUAAAGGACUCGCGAUCGCUUUGGGGUUCAAGGCAACACUGAUUCGGCGACGGAACGAUGUGGAGACGGAGUGUACGUUCUUCAUAGAGACUAUAACAGCUCUCUUUCUCUGGACUACACACAGAGCUGAUGUUUCAACGGGAUAUUUAACUGCCAGUAGAAGAGGAUAUAAUGUCGUUUGGCUCUUUUUUGAAAACACUGGAUAUCUCUAAAUGAAAACUGAAGGACACCCGCCCCGUCGCUGCCCUCGACAGGUCUCUGAUCCGCCCCGAUCCAGAUGAGCGAACUGCCUCUUGGAUUUGCAGUCAGUUCACGGAACCAGCAGACCCUUAAAAGUCGUUUUAUUAACAACGAUAGUUCGCCCACCUGUUUAAGACCCCAAACCGACUCGAUCGCCUCACUGCCGUACCGUGAUCCCGCCCGUCAGGAAAAAAGGCUGCCUAUACGGAUUCUCAAAAUGUUGACCGCUCACACAAGUCACAUACUUCACCCAGAGUAUCUCCAGCCGCUCAGCUCCGCGCCAGUGAGCAUCGAGCUGGAUGCUAAAAAGAGUCCCCUAGCAUUGCUGGCCCAGACCUGCUCACAGAUUGGUAAACCAGAUCCUCCUCCCUCCUCCAAACUGGGAUCCCUCUCCUCCAGCAGCCAUGGAGACAAGGACAGCCGCUCCAACAGCUCCAGCCUGAAGCCUGCGGAGCAUCAGAACCUAGAUGACAAGUCCAGCUUUAAGCCUUACUCUAAAACUGGAUCAGAAUGCCGGAAGGAUGGCACUGGGAUCAACAGCUCAGCAGAUAAAGCGGGGUUCAGAGUGCCAAAUAGCGGUUCUGCAGCUGUGACGUGCCCCUCUUUACCUCCUCAUGCUCCCUCUCCACGGGCCAGCUCUCCUUCUCAGCAGACAUCAGGACAGUCGCACACGCACCGGCAGUCUCAGUCUCCCGUAUCGCAGAAACCAACGCAUCUACAAACCUCCCACAUGGACUCCAAAGCUGCGGGUUCAGACCCAGGGAAUGACAGCAGCAGCGGUGGCGAUCGCAAUGGGAAAAAAGAUUCAGACCACAGUAAAUCUGGAAGCCUGGACAUUGCACAAAUCGCCAACUCCAGUCACGCACGUGCUAGUGCGAACUCCAGCAAUGCCAGCUCCUCCAGCAGUCCUCAACCUGACAGUAAGUCUGACACCCAACCCCCUCAGCCCAGCCUGGGAGCAGGCCACAUCGCCCCAGUGUCUCCCUUCAAACCGGGCCACUCGGUGUUUCCCCUCCCAUCCUCCACCAUGGGCUACCACGGCUCCAUUCGGGCCUAUACUGGCUAUCCUUCUCAGUUUGUGCCUGGGCUGGAUCACGCUAAAUCUAGUUUAGUUGGUGCUGGGAUGGGUGUUCCAGGAAAGCAUCCCAGCUCCAGUCCUCUCACAGGGGCCUCGCCUCCCUCUUUCAUGCAAGGGUUGUGCAGGGACCCAUACUGCCUCACCUACCCCAAUGCACCCCAUCUCGGGGGCAGCAACUGCUCUUCCUGCGUUCAUGAUCCAUCAUCUGCCCUAAAGACUGGCUUCCCUCUUAUGUAUCCCACCCAUCACCUCCACUCCCUCCACCCCAGUUCUCUGUCCUCUAGCGCCACCUCUUCUCUGUCCCAUCCUCUGUAUACUUACGGUUUCAUGCUGCCCAAUGAAACGCACCCUCAUGCCUGUAACUGGGUCUCAGUGGGUGGCCCGUGUGACAAACGCUUCUCCACCUCAGAGGAACUCUUGGCCCAUUUGCGUACGCACACAGCUCUGCCAGGUGUGGAUGGGAAGCUGCUCUCCGGCUACCCUUCAUCUGUCUCCUCUGCCGCUUCCUGCCACCUCCACCUGCCUCCUCCCAGCAGCCCAGGAGCCCUUCCCAGUUCCCUCUCCCUGCGUGGAUCACCAGGGCUAGGUUUGGCACGGUAUCACCCCUACGGAAAGGCACACUUGCCAGGAGCUCCAUCCCUUCCUAUGCACUCUCUCCCAGCCACAGCACCCUACUAUUCUCCCUAUGCUCUAUACAGCCAGAGACUGGGCUCAGCUUCAGCUCUUGGGUACCAGUGAUUAAAAGACUUUGGACAGUGUAAAGAUAUUGGCAUGAGCUCGCUGGAAAGCACAGGAACAUGCAGGAUUCCCCUAAAAAGAAUGAAGCAAAAAACAUGGAAUAGUUAUAUUCGCAAUGAGGAAUAAAAUCUCAUCUGCUUUGGAUGACUGUUGCUUAAAUAAUGGUCAUUCCAAAUUUCAAUUAGGAUAUUAGGGAACCCAUAUGAACUUUAAGGUGAAGAGCGAAUGAGAAUGCCGGAACCCAAUUUAUUUUAUCUGAUCCAUUUUUUUUUCAAUUUACCAAAAGUGUGUAUUUAUUUUUCACUUGAGCGCUUGACUUUUUGUUUUCUAUGGGACAUUUACCGCCAAUAUUCAUUCAUUAUCAUUUUCACACAGGAGCAGUAUUUUCACAGUAUGAACAUGGUUGCUUCUUUCAUACACUUUGUAAUAAUGCAAUGUUUGCAACAACAGACUACGACAUUGUCUCUCAGACAUAAAAUCUUUCUUUUAAUGUCACUUUCUUUCAUGCGUUAGAUCUGUGCAACUCAUUUUCUUUACUGGAGAACAGAUGAGCAUGACUCGGUCAAUAGCUACCUUGUUCCUUAUGAUUUGGCGUUAAUUUUGUACUUGUACAGAUCAAAGAAUAAAACGGAAAGAUGUGAUAUAUUUUCUAUUGUAGCUGACUCUGCAAGCUGGGGAUGGAAGUGGAGAGGGGAAAAGAAUUCAAAUAAGAGUACUAUGUUGUGAUGGCAGCGCUAUCCAUUUAACAAAGUCUUAUUUUGUGUAAUAAAUGAUACUUGAUUACAUUGA